CCCGCAAUGUGGCUCCGCAGAGGGUACUAUGGCGGGGUGGUCCUGCGGGUGCUGUUUGUCUUGUCCAUGGGCAUGGUGCAUCCUGACGAGUUCUUCCAGUGUCCUGAGGUCAUGGCCAAGUCUGUGUUUGGUCUGUCUCACGCGUUCAUUCCUUGGGAGUACCAGCUGCCGCUCCCCAAUCGGUCCGUAUUGUUUCCGUCGGUGGUGGCUGGUCUGCCCUAUUCGGUGUGGAAAGCUCUUGGGUUUGACGCAAACGGCGUGGCGUUCCUUCUCCUCCCCCGCCUCGUUCUCCUGGCGCUCUCGUUCGUGUACGACGUCACGAUUGCCAUGCUUUGUCGGCGCGUGAUGAAGGUCGAUCCAUGGGGACCGCUGUUUGCGUUCUCAACGUCGUGGACAUCUUGGACCUUGCUCACACGACCCUUCUCCAACACAUGCGAGUCCUUCCUUCUUCUCUUGAGCUUCGUGCUGUUGUUCCAUCGAGCCGCGAGCACGUCGCGGACCGCGCUUCUCGGCAUGACGCUUGCGCUUGGGACGUUUACCCGAUUCACGUUCAUCUUGUUCUUCCUACCAUUGGGGCUGUAUCUGGUGUGGGAUAACGACCAAGACAUGCAGCUCGUCGCGUCCAAGAAAUCGUCCAAAGUGUCGGGUGCCCAUGGUUGUGCCCAGGGCCACGCGACCUCGGCGGUGCCGUUGCCUCGCCGACUUGGCGGCGUAGCCCACACCGCCGCCGUGGGUGCCGCGUCGUUCGCCGUCACAUGCGUGGCGAUCGUACUGUUGGACACGCUCUACUUCCAUGAUGGCAUCCUUCCAUCAUCUUCUUCAGGGUGGGUUGUAGCCCCCUGGAACAACUUGGUGUACAACUUGGAUCCGUCGCAUUUGGCCGAACAUGGACUCCACCCCCGGACGAACCACUGGCUUGUGAACAUGCCGCUGCUCUUUGGUCCGUUGGUGGUUUUGUUCGUGUUUCAGCUGGUUCAAUAUCUCACCAACCUCCAUUCGAACGCCACGCCGCCCUUCCACGUCAUGUGCAUGGCGGCGGUGGUCGUGCCAGUGACGGCGCUGUCGUUGGCGCCCCAUCAAGAAGCCCGGUUCCUGCUCCCAGUCGUACUGCCCCUCGUCCUCGCGACCCCCCUUGGCACUAGCCGUCGCCUUGUACUAGCUCUGUGGGUAGGCUUUAACCUUGCAUUGGGGCUAUGGUUUGGAGUACUCCAUCAAGGCAGCGUCGUUCCGAUGUUGCUGUCUUCUGGUGGCAGCCUUGCGUUGAAUCCGUUUUGCAAGUCUAGUAAGGGGGGUGACUUGUACACAGAAAUCCUUACCACGGGGACGUACAUGCCACCACGCUUUGCACUCAGCCCAUUGAACGUUCCACUACACGACACCCCCCUCCCCGACCUACACGCAGCGCUGGCCACUCAAAAAGCAAACGAUGUCACACGUGUGCUACUGCUUGUGUAUCCCGACCCCGUCGCAGCAAAAGUGGAUGCGAUUUUGCAAAGUUUGGACGCCCACCGCACCCCCAUGUGGACGUGCUGGCCGUUCCUGUCCACUGAAACUCCCCCAAACCAAAUAUGGAACUCGACCGAAUGGACACUUCACGCGCACACGGUGACGUGGACGUAGUGAAGUCAGAUGGUUCCAUGUGUACGAUGUAGUAGUUGGCAACUAACGACCUACGUUCUAGUAUACUAGUACUGUACAGUACUAGGUUGGUUGAUUGGUCCACUAUUGCAAUGCAAUACACCGCGUUCUUAUGUAGUUGUGUAGUAGUAGUACUAAUACUAUUAAUAGUAUAUAUAUUACAACACUCG